UGAAGCAGGCGGCUAUUUACAUGUGUGCGAAGCCUUGAGCUGGAAGCAGGAGUGCAACACAAUUCGGAAUACUGCGUAGAAAGAGGCUGGUUGUUAAACUUUCUGGAACGCCAUAACGAUGGCUCCGCGUCGUAAACGUGCAUCUACGGGCAAGUCCACUGAGACAACGGCGAAGAAAGCCAAGCCGGAAGAAACUGCAUCCAAACCGGUUGAGGAACAAACGAAAGGCUCAAAGGAUGGAGCGUACGUAUUCGUCGAACACUGUAAAUCAUGAUCCGUGUUUAAGCGCAAGGCCGCCGAGGUCCAUUCGGAACUGUGCGAGCUUGCGCCGGAACACAACCUACAGCUUGUGUUGAACGAGAACGGAAAGCCGCGCAAGGGUGCGUUUGAGAUCUUCAUCGCAAAGUCGAUGGACGGUGAGAAGGUGCAGGUUUGGUCCGGAUUGCCCAAGGGACCACCUAGGAAAGACAAGUUUCCAGAGGCAAAGAGUAUCCUCGAUGAUGUUCUUAAGGCGUUGAAGUAGGGUACACGCCAUUAAGGAUUGGUGCGGUGGG